UGCUUUUUGCCUGUGUGAAAUGAGUAAAUACCUAUAGCUGGACAGUUCAAAGAAAGGGCUUCAUAAUGUUCUUGACGGUUAAGUUCUUUGGUACAAGCUUUUUUUGAUUUCCCUGGAUUUCAGUCUGAUGUGCCUUUAGCCUCACAAAGUAUGCAUUAUUAUGUAAUAGUUACAUGUGAAAAGAAACCGGAAUCGCUGGCGGAGAAUCCUGACUAUUUCCACUGGGCCUGAAUAGUUCAGCCAGUUGAUUAAAAGAAAACCAGAACCUGGAAGUGCAGAAGACAAAUUCCUCUGGCACAAUGAGCUCUGCCAUUCCCGUGCGGGAUUCCACUGUCGAGAGGGCCACAAGAAGUUUUCAUAAUGAAAAACAAACCCUGGUUUCAGAACAAGAAGUUGAUGUUGUGAAAACCGUGGUCAAUGGGCUGAUAUCAAGCAGCAAUGGACAAGAGCAAGCCAUUGACGUCCCUUUAUGUGCACGCUCUAUUUCUGCUGUUAAAAUAAUCCCCGUGAAGAAAGUGAAAAGUUCUCCUGACCUAAUGCUACCUACAGACAAGGAUCCCACUAAAGUCUGCACUGGAAAAGGAACCGUGACCCUACGGGCAUCUCUAGCCUCUGAGGAAAGGCCAAGUAUCAGUCCCCCAUGUUCUCAGGAUGUCCAGCGGUCAGAAACACACAUAGCUCUGGAUACAGGAAAACCAGAAACAGAUGAUUGGAGGUUAUCCUCUAAUGGAGAUAUCCAGCCAUCUUCUCUGGCUGCCAAGGGCUAUAGAAGUGUGCGUCCCAACCUCUCCUCAGAGGGCAAACCACAGGCCCUUUCCCCUCCCCGUCCUCCUCUUCCAAAAGAGGAGAGCUUUGCAUGGCACCCUCGCUCUGACAUGAAAGUAACCAACCUGUUGCCAGUGCCCAUAAUGGACUGUGUGUACCUGAAUGCACCCAAACCUUAUACACAGCGUGUGUCACUGAGCUGCAGCAGUCAGUGUUACUCCUCAUCACCUGCACCCUUUGUGACAGUACCCAGUGGGAAGCCAUGCUUUUCCGCAGGGCGUCCCCAAUCAGCCAACUUGAUUCCCAAGGAUGUGGUGCAUGCUGGGCAAUCACUUUUGGGAAGUAGUUCCUUGUUAUCAGACACUUCAUCCAAACAUCAAAACCCUGCCAGGGCAGAUCCUAGUAGUGAAGCUGGAAUGAAUUCCACGUAUAGGACUAAAGCGGAUAAAAAGGUCAGCAGUCUAUAUGUGGCUUGUUUAUCUAACAGCACUUGCUCAGCUGCAUCUGAAAAUUCCACCAGCAUUGCACAUGACCAAACAGAGAGCCCCUGUUUGGGAACUGAGGUCACUCAAGCACCAGCCACCAACAUUGUUUCCUCUGUAACAGAUACUGGAAAAUCUCUUCCUCCCCCUCCUCCUGUCCCUCCCAGGCCAUACUUUAACAUUGUUCUCAGUAAAGACGCAGUUAGCUAUGGUACAAGCCAUUCCUCCAGGACUCAGUCUCCACCUCCUCAGGCUGUGAGGGACAAAGUGCUAGAGCCCCAGAGUACGGCUGGCAGUGGGGACAGGAUGAGAAAGGAACCUUACCUUACUCAGCAGCAGCAUCCGUACAAGGUGAAGGGACGCAGCAUGGUACAUGUUUUCUUCAUAACCUUGUUUUCUUUCAGCCGUGCGAACGGUUCUCUAAUUCAUACAGUGUCCCCUAAUGCUGUAUGCACCUCUUCCUAAUUUCUGCACGCAGGUCGCUCUUGUGUAGCUUGAUUCUUGUCAAC